CCAGAGUGCGAGGGCGGUUGUGCAGGGAAGCGGGGAGGUGGUUGUCUGGAUGUUUUCCCUUUUACAUAACCUAAACGUUUAAAUUACCUCUUGUUAUAUAAACGUAUACUUUACAUUCAACAUCGUUGUUGCUGCGUAGAUCGAAUAAAUUAGCGUUGCUUUGUUUUACAAGGGAGAGUUGAAACGCAAAGAGGGUUUUAAGGGGUGCACGGCAGCAGAAAUACACUCAUCCGCAUCUUUCCCGGACACGGACAGUCGCUGCGGUGCUGCUGCUACCACAGUCCGUGCACGGCACGCGAUUAUAAGGGUGUCCUGCCCUGCUGCACAUAAGCAGGUGACUAACUGACCACUUGCAGACGGGAUUUGCAAACACUAGAGCCAGAAUGAGUGGUGAAGAGAAUCCUGCUGCUGAACCUGCGCCUGUCAUAGACGUGCAGGGAGAUGGACGCUGGAUGUCACAGCACAACCGGUUUGUGCAGGAGUGCAAGGAUGCAGAGCCUGAUGUUCUGUUUGUUGGGGACUCAAUGGUGCAGCUUAUGCAGCAGUUUGAGGUGUGGAAGGAACUGUUUUCACCUCUUCAUGCUUUGAACUUUGGGAUUGGUGGGGACACAACCAGUAAUGUGCUGUGGAGGCUCCAGAAUGGAGAACUGGAGAACAUCAGACCCAGGGUGGUUGUUUUAUGGGUAGGAACCAAUAAUCAUGAGCACACAGCAGAACAGGUUGCAGGAGGAGUAUUGGCCAUUGCUCAACUAAUUCUGUCUCGUCUCCCUAAGUCCAAAGUCAUUGUUUUGGGCCUGUUGCCAAGAGGAGAGUUUCCAAACCCCUUAAGAGAGAAAAACACAUCAGUGAACAAUUUACUUCUUGCAUCCCUUCCUCGACUCGGCCCGGUUCAGUUCCUUGAUAUGGGAGGUAGUUUUGUCCACUCAGAUGGAACUAUUUCCUCUCGAGACAUGUUUGACUUCCUACAUCUGACCGCCGGUGCGUACAGGACCAUAGCGACCUCUCUUCACGAGUUGCUGCUUCAGCUAUUGGAGGAGAUGCCUCAGGAGAGGCGGGCAUCGCUGGUCUAAAAAAGUGGCCACGACGUCAGUCAAUCACCAUAGAGGCGAUGUUUAGAAUUGUGGGAUAUUUAGAUUGUAAUUCAAAAACUUUGAGUAAGAUAAAGUGCAGUGGUAAACAACAGAGAUGGAAUUACAGCAAAACAAAAAGGGGGCCGUAAGGCAGAGGCCAAUUUUAUAUGACUAAUAGUAAAUAUUUAUAUGUAUUCAAAAUGCAUAAUAGACGACAUUAGAAGGAAGAAUAGAUAUAAAUAUACAGUGUGUGUGUCUAUAAGAAAUAGGUCUUCGUAGGACAUGUUGCUCUGCGGAGGGACAAGAUUCUUUAAUGUCUCACUGUCACUAUUUGAACAACCUUCAGUUGUAGCACUUACUCUGCCAGCUUCUCUGUGCCUUCAUAAAUACACUCAUACUCACAGUGGUGUUAUGCUGACAGUAAAUCUUUUUACAUGAUGAAUCAGGUCUUUGAAAUCCUUUCUCCCAGUUUUACUUCAAGUAUAUGUUGACACAGAGGCGUCUAGUACCUUCUCCUCCGCUUAAUUUCUCACUUGCCCUUUCAUCCUCCCAAUUACUCGACCCAAAUAGAAACAUGAACUGUAAACUGGAGUGAUCAAACCAUGUAAAACUCUGUGUGACUGAAAAUCUCCUCCUAAGCAUAUAAUGCACAAAUAUGACAUUUUCAGUGUUGCUAUUUAUCUCACUUGCUCUGCAUCCAUGUUGUAUAUUUGUCCAUGCGCUCUUAAAAGUAUAAUGUGAAGAGUUUAUGUGUAUUAUGUUUACACACGCGAUCUAGUGGGAAAGCACUGAUAUAAAUAAUUCAAAGUGAGCUGAGUAAGUGACUCUGUGUGUAUAUACAGUAUAUACAAAUUGUUCGUAUUAAUGUUCGCUGUGCAAGUGCUUAUUUAGCUGGUGUGUUUUUGUGUUUGAGUGUAAGAGAGUGCGAACCUAAUAAAAUAAUUGUAUGGCCCGCAAGGCGUGCGCUAUUACUACAGCACAACUGCCAUGUGCUUCAGAUCCGAGCAUUCCAAUAAAUCUGCAGGGAUCCGACACGUGUGUCAGGUUUUUUUUAAGGCUUGAUGCUCUGUAAUACGAGUAGCAAUCUUUGGUAUUUCAGAUUCUUAUUGUGGUGUGCUACAUUGACUGAAGGGGUAGGGUAUAGGAGUUCAUGCCUGGUUGUUGUAAAAUCUGAUUGAGUGUGUGAAGUGACAAACUCAUUUAACCAGUAGAGGGAGACUUAACAUACCAUAAUGUGUUGAGUACUAAUGUCACUUAUUAACCCAAGCAUGUGACUUUGUGACCCACUAGCUGAACUUUUUCCAUAUGUUUAUUGGAAAUUUUAAUGCCCACUCUUACAAUCAAAGAUAAUAGACAUGUAAGUGAGAGAACUAACAGCUGAAACCUUUUUUCGGUAUGUUACCAAACAAUCUAAAC